CACCAUGUCGGUGUAUGUGUGACCGCGAGCGAAGAUGUGACAAGUGAUCUGUGCGCAUGUGUGUGUCAAGUGCAGUCCCUUCGAAGGACACGUUUCCCCGGACCUCUCACCUCGAUACAUCGACUAUUAUGAUCAAAGAAUAAAAUGUCCGCAAAGUCCCGAGGAUGCACGAUCCUACGAUGCUUGGUGUUGCAGCAAUUAGUUCUCGUGACAGACAUUUUGGGGCAGGCGAGGCCUCCCCCCCGACCGUCCAGGCCCCCCGGUCCCCCGGGCCUAGUGCACCCCCGCAUAGGUAACCCCCCCUACCAGAAGCACCUGAACCCCUAUCACACGCCGCCCCCCUACUCGCGCUACCGCGGGGGUACCGCGUCCCCCUUCAAUCACAAAAACGCCCUCAACCCACCCUCUAGUCCUAGUUUACCUGAAUUCUCUAAUCAUAAGGCUAAUAGUAAGUACCGGCAACCCAAUGCACCGCCUCGGCGACCCCCCAACAAAUACUUCAAACCCUCCACUCGCGGGCAAGAGAAAUACGUCCCCUACCCGCAGACCAGCAGGCCGGAGCAGCUCCACGAGUACCAACAGAACUACUACAAACUCCAACAAUCCCAGAAGCAGUUCUUCAACCAACCCAUCAAGCAGCUCUACCAACAGCAGCAAGAACAGCUCGCCUACCACAAGCAGCAGCUCAAACUGGAAGAACAACACGCGCAGCAUUCUCAGCAGGUCUUCAGCCGCGUCAAGUACCCCGAAGACAAGCCACGCCCCUCGAGUUACAUAGUAACGCCCCACCCGGAAAACUACGAUCCCUUUACCAGCGUGAGCACCUCAGAGUACACGCUUAAUUUCGACCGGAAUCCCUUCAAAAUCGGCGGUGACACCGAGACUCCUAGCUACUACGGCAAGACCCCGAGUUAUUUGGACACCCAAACGGAGGCGUAUAGCUUUGACAGUCAGAACAACCACGCCCCCAGUGGCAACCAGACUGAGGAAACGCAACAGAGACCCUCCCACCUUCUCCACUCCGAUCUUCUCACCCCAGACCGACUGCGCCAGUUUAAUAAACUAAAGACAUCCACGCCCACCUCUUCGCCCUCCGGGCGACCUCCUGGUAACCGCACGAUCUCCACGAAUAUCUCCUUACUGAGCAACAACAUCGAUUCCAAACACAAACACCUCAUAAAAUUCGUACGCAGCCAAGCAGGGGGGUUUAAGUCCCGGGGGGACGAUGACCCCGGGGGUGGGGCGGGGGGUGGAGCCGCUGAUGCAACCGGGGGCGGGGAAAGCCCACCCCCUGCCAACCGCCGCGCAGAUCAUAACUACUUCCCCGACCCCACGGAAGAAGGCCCUCCCCCUCCUGGCAACAUCUUCUCCGUGCCGACGAGUAGACAAACAACAGCCAUCAACCACAACCGUGGCCUGACCACGAUGCCCCACAAUACCCAACUAGCAACGAUGGACUGGGGGUUGACAACGGAGCGCUACCCCCUUCGCCGGGUCUACGGACAACCAUUCUCGACCCCCGGACAAAAGAACUCGCAGUACAUGAAGCCGACGGGGUUUCGCGGGGAGCAGCCGAAGAUCGUGCGGGGGUCGCACCUGAACAACGUCACCCAUUUGAUAGGGGUGAGUCUCAACGACACUGACGCCCCUAGCGCCGAGGCGCUGCACUACUACGGGCGGCUGGCGGAUGAUGAGGAUAGGGAGGAACUGUAUCGGAUGCUCCAGAAUGUGACGCUCUUGUCGGAUAUCCGGAAGCAGAUUCUGGACUCGGUUUCGACGCAUAUGACGGAUGGGAUCGAUGUUGAGUAUCCGGAUGUUUAUGCUGAGGCCACCGAGGAUGACGACGAUUCUUUCGUUUUUGCCUCUGCGCCCAGACCGAGACCUGAAAAAUAUCCAAAAUUUCGACCACCCAUAACGGACUACUCGCCUGAGAUAAUGAUUCACUCGGAUUUGAUGAGCGACUACGAGAAGAACAGGCCGCACAGCACAAACUUAGUUGAGAUCACGUCGACGCACCGGGACUGCCGGCUGAGGUCGCGGCGGUACAUCUCGGACGGGCAGUGCACCUCGCCGCAGCCGAUCACGGAGGCGGUCUGCGCGGACAGCUGCACGAUGCCCUCCUACAUGUUCAACGAGCUCCCGGAGCCGCCGGAGGACGAGUACGUGGACGAGCCGCCCCGGAGCGUCCAGUACGCCGGAUGGCUCAGGCGCAAGAACUCCAAGAGACGCACCCGCUCGUCCCCCGCCAAGCCGGACAAGACCGACCGACAGGACUAUAUCGAGGAUUUUGAGAUGGCCGAGAUCGGCCCGAAGCCCUCCUCGAAGUGGUCCUGCGAGUCAGGCGAGACCGGGAAGAAGCGCAUCAACCUCCUCUGCAACGACGGGAGCCUCCGCCAGUACUCCCUCAAGAUCAUCGUCUCCUGCCGCUGCCGCAAGUACCUCCACGGCGCCCACUCCUACCCGCCCUCCCUGGCCUCCGCUGGCUCCUACCCGGCCUCCUACUUCACCGGCCCCGGUGACAUUGACCUCCCCGUCGAGGCCUCCGUCCCGGUCGCCUCCAGCCACCGCCCCGUCAAGACCAUCAUCAAACCGGUGCCCGUCCCCGUCUUCCCGCCCACGGGCCCGCGCGGGAAGCGGCGCUGGAAGAAGCGCAAGUACAAGUCGAAGCACCGCUAUCCGAACCACAAGCAUCACCAUCAUCACGGUCAUGGGCAUCAUCAUCAUCACGGGCAUCAUCAUCAUCAUGGGCAUGGGCAUCAUCAUCACCAUGGGAAAGGGAAGGGGAACCACAAGGGACCAGCUGGGUUCCGGCCGCUGAGCAAGCAGCACUGGGAGCAUAUCCGCAAGAAGUUGAAGAAGGUCGCGAAGAAGCAUAGGUUCAAGACGGGGGUGCGGAAGUCGUUCGGGAGUCAGACCCCGGUCUCGGAUCGGCCCAAGACGAAGGGCGAGAAACAUGGGAAGGCCGAUCGUAGGUUCGGUUUGAUUGAUUGAUGUCACUCGUAGAGGGGGAAAGGAGGUUGGAGACUGUUAGAAUUGAGGAGUGAAAUUCUGCCGGAGGUUAUACGGGUGUCC